AUGUGCAAAAGCUUAAUUUCCUCAUCAUCUCCUGCUGUCAAUCUCUCACUAAAAUAGUUCUGUCACUGCCACAAUUCUAAUGUAAUGCCCACUUGAAUACAUUCCAUUAACAACUACUUUCCCAUCAUUUAACUUCCAUUAAAAUACACUUCAAGAAAUAAAAAUCUUUAGUUUUUUUUUUAAAUUAUUUUCCACUCUCUAGCUUAAUUUUUUUUCAAGAUUAUGCAGUUUUGAUUCUUUGAAUCAAUGGGUUCAUCUACACUUCUUGAUUAUGCUCUGUUUCAACUCACCCCAACUCGAACCAGAUGUGAUCUGGUUCUGUUUUAUGGAGGAAAAACCGAGAAAUUGGCUACUGGUUUAUUUGAACCGUUCAUUUCGCAUCUGAAAUUUGCUCAAGAUCAGAUUUCUAAAGGUGGAUAUUCUAUCAAACUCUGCCCACCCAAUGGUUAUGCUCCUUGGUUCACUAAACCUACUUUUGAGAGAUUUGUGAGGUUUGUUAGCACACCAGCAGUGCUCGAGAGAUUUGUCAAUCUCGAAAAGGAAAUAUUGCAGAUUGAGAGUUCAACUCAAGCUAAUGAAUCCUCCAAGACAAAAGGGGAAGCCGAGGGUAGUGACAGUGCUCUGCAAGAAGGAAAUUCCAAGAUUCAACUCCAGCGGCUUCUUGAAACACGAAAAACUUUGCUCCGCAAGGAGCAAGCCAUGGCGUAUGCUCGUGGCCUUGUUGCAGGAUUUGAUAUGGAUAACAUAGAUGAUCUCAUUUCCUUUGCUGAUGAAUUUGGAGCUUCACGGUUAAGGGAAGCAUGUAUUAAUUUCAAGGAAUUGUGUAAAAAGAAGAGAGGGGACGGUCUGUGGAUGGAGGAAUUAGCAGCAAUGGAGGCAUGUCCGCCAGCAGAACUGUCAUUUUUGGGAACAUCAGGAAUAGUACUUAAUAACGCUGUUAGCACGCUGAAUCCAAAUAUCGCUCUAAAUUUUCACAAAGGUGGCUCAGCUGAUUUUGCAUCAAAUGGAUCUGUAGAUGCAUCGACAUCUGAUUCAACAGCGAGUCAUGCAAGUUCUGAUGGCAAAAAGGAUGACAACUCGGCGACAACCAAAAUGCAGGCUCCGAUGUCAUGGCCAAAUCAGAUGCCUCAAUAUAUGUACAAUUUCCCACCAUAUCAAGGAUAUCCAUACCCUCCUCCUCAUUACGCCAUGAACAUGCAGUGGCCUCCUGGUUUUAAUGAGUAUGGUCUGGUAAAGAAAGAGAAGUCUCCGAACAGAAAAGGUUCUGAACAUUCAGGAGAAGACGGACAAACUGAGUCCAGCAACUCUGAGGUUGAGAGUGGCUCAGAUUCGAAUACGCUGCAAGACAGGAGACGCUCUAAGGAUUCUUCACACCGAAAAAAGCAUAAGAAGAAAUCGUCUAAGACAGUGGUCAUCCGUAAUAUUAACUAUAUUACUCCUAAGAGAAGAAAUGGAGAAAAAGGAAAAGACUCUGAUGAAUCAUCUGAUGAGGAGGAUUUCGUUGAUGAAGAUUCCCUCAGGCAGCAGGUAGACGAUGUAAUAGGAUCACUGGAGCAAUCACACAAGUCAAACUCGAGUAGUCGUAAGAAAAAAGGUUCACGCAAAAGCAACGGGUCGAAUGAUGCGAUUCCAGCAGAGGGAGGAAAGGCGACCGAGAACUGGGAUGCUUUCCAGAACCUUCUGAUGAGAGAUGAGGAGUCCACUGUUAACGAAGUAGAAAAUUUAAAUCCAAUGGAUGCUCUCGGAGGCUCAGGAGAUGGAACUGCAUUAGCUAUUGUCCCUGUUCUGGAUCUAGAAUCAGAGACAGUACCAAAACAACGAAUGGUUGCAGGUGAUUCGUUUAUUGUAACUCAAAGGGACGGAGGAUCUGAGGAAAGAAAUAGGCUGGAAGGUAUUGAAAAUGCAGAGAGCAUUAGAUCAAUCGUGAAGAGAAGCGAUUACACAGACGGGGAUUUGGUAAUUCCACAAAGAAUGGAUGAUUUAGGAAGCGGACUCAGGGGCAUCUUAGAAACGGACUCACGCAUAAUCAAGCCAGGAAAAGGAGAAGAUUGGUUUGUUGUCAACCACGCAGAGCAGCCAGAAAACCAAAACUCAUCCGAUGACAUAAUUUUCAGCGGCGACAGUUUAAACGUUGAGAAAAACAGAAAAGAACUAUUCAUUGAUGAUUCUUUCAUGGUGCAUACUCGACCAGUUGAUGAUCUGUACGAGUCCCAGUGGAAAGUCGACAUUAGCAUGGAUGACGAUCUAAUUUUAUCUUCCCAGCUAGAAAGCAGCACUGUGAAAGAUAGCCAAGAACCACUGAGUUCCCAUGAACCGAGCGACCUCUGCAUGGUGCUUGAAAGGGAAUCUGGAUUUGAAUCUGCAAGAGACUCAUGGAAUACAGACCAUGGAAUCGACAUAUCAUUCAUGGAAAAUGAUCUAAGGAGCUCAACUAAUGGAAGUAAUACUAAUAGUAAUGCUGAUAAGAAGCUUACUGCAAAUUGUGACAGCAAUAUUGCCAAGAAAGAGGAAACUAAAGGAAAAAGAAUUCCGGGCAAAGACCUUCGGUCCAAAGUUUUGCCUCCGAACAACAAAACAGACAUGCUGUCUAAGAGUCGAAAGCCAUCUAUAACGAGUAGGCCCUUAAUUCCGAAGAGCAAGCAAGAGAAGGAAGAAGAGAUUCGGAAAAGGAUGGAAGAAGUAUCGCUUCAGCGCCAGAAAAGAAUUGCAGAAAGAACCGCAGCUGCUAGUUUGGCUCCCACAGCAACCAAAAGAAUCCCACCAGAGAGGAAACAAGACAAAAACAAAACUCUUUCCACUACCCAACAGACAAACAAGGUGAGUUCCAUCAAAAUCAGGGCAGCUUAAUAAUGAUAAAAACAUAAAAAAGAAAAAUAUCAGUGUGAGUGGUAAAUCAUUAGUUGAUGAUAUUUUUCUUGGCUCUUUUUGUCAUUUGAGCGGACGAGAAUACGUCAUCUAUCCAUCAAUAUGAUUUCGAGACUGAAAUCUCGAAGAUUGCUCAUAUAGUGCUACAAAUCUAUAUAAGAAGUUCAUAAUGUAUAGUUUUCAACCUUCAAAUUCUUUUGUAUGUAAUACUGGGACCAAAUAGGUACACUCUAAAGGAGUCAAGAAAAUAAAUAUCCUAAAGUUUAGCUUCUGUCCUAUAAACAGAGCUGAUAUGUAAUCUAAACAUUGUAGUAUAGUUUUAUUGUUGUUGUCA